GAGCGUUCACCGGAUCAGGCCUAGCAGUAGCGCCGACUGGACUGUCUCCAUCCGCUUUCAAAAAACUGGAUUUAGACCCAGUCCGAGGCCAAAAUGAGGCCGUCCGGGCUCGUGUUAGCGCUGGCCCACACCGGAAUGGAUGAACCGACACCAGAAUGAGUGGGUCGUUCCCUCUCCGUCACCUCUCCGUCAUGUCGGCCACCUCCUCCAUCAAACACACACGUGUCUAUGGCUUCUCUAAAAGGGAGAGCUCGCCUUCCCCCUCCCCAGCCACCUCCUCCUACAGCCCUCUGCGUAGACUGCAGCAUCUAACCAGCAGGGUCAGCCAGCCCGAUUCACUCCAACCGACACAAGAACCGGAACAAAACUGGGAGUGGUCCAGAAAUAAGGAAACUAAAGCUGACAGUAAAUGCAAUUGGAUUGAUUGUCAUAGCAGGAAAUCUUCUAAAAUCCAGGAUAAGGAUGAUGCUUUUGAGAGUUCUUCCUCUGGACAUAAUCAAAAUGAUAUGCCAAUUGGGAAUAAUCAAAACAAAGAUGGCAUGUCAGAUAAAAACAACUGCUUUUCAGGUCCUCCCAGCCCAGCUUUUUCCCUUGACAGCAAUAGUCCUUUUGCUAACGGAUUCCUACAUUUUGAGUCUUCGCUCUUUGAGGACGAUGAUGAGGAAAGUAGCAAUAAACCUCCAAACAUCGAGGAAGAGAGAGACUUGGGGGACAACAGAGAAACUUUGACCCCUGCUCUGGAUGUAAGUGAUGUAAAUAGAGAGUGUAACAUGGAAGGAGGUGAGGCUGAGAGGUCGGCUAAGGUCGUGACGCGUUCACAGUCAUCGGGCCAGCGCCGGAGAUACUGGGACGGCUCAGACGACGAGUGGGAAAGUGACACGGAGCUGUUCCUGUUUGCAGACAGUCCCCUCAGAAACGCAUUGAGCACUCAGAGUAAGUCGCUGGCCCCUGUAAAGUACUUUGAAGGAGAGGUGGUCUGGGCAAAGCUAAGCAGACGCCCCUGGUGGCCAUGCGAAGUCACUGCAGAUCCCAGUCAGGGAUGUUACCACAAGGAGAAAGAACCGAGUGAGCGUCCCUGCCGCCUGUACCAUAUUCGUACCUUCGGGGAAAACGCAGAGGAAUCGUGGCUUGAGGAUAAAUUCAUCCACAUUUUUCAUGGAGGGUUUCAGUUCGAGCACCUGCACCGAAGCAAAGGGAAGCACAAAGACAAGAACAAGAAGAACACUAUUGCCAAGCGCUUCUUGGACUCUUGGAGCUCCUCUGUUGCUGAGGCUGAAGCUCUUCUGGAACAGAGAUCCAACAUGGCUUCCUCCUUCCUCUCCGCCCUCGACGACCUUCCUCCACACAGGUCUCAGUCACCAGAACUUGAAGCACUUCCCGCCUCUUCUGAGCUUUUUCAUACAGACACAUCGCACCUGAAUAUCGGAUCUAUAACACCUCUGAAUGAGUCUUCUUUUACCAACAAAACAAGCACUUUAAUUAAGAUUGCAGGAAAGAAAAAGUCUAAAAGUAAAUUGAAAACAACUACACCUAACUCUUUGGAACAUGACAGUGGAGAAUGUCCAUAUUGUGAUCUAGACUCUGUCCCUAAGAUCCUCUGUCCAAAAGCACUUGAACGCCACUCAAAAUCGAAAACUUCACUUUCCACAGACCCUCAAAUGUCCACACAAGACAAAGAAGUGAAAAUGCAUCAAGCAGAAGUCCACACUGGGCUUUGGUUCAGCAAAUCUAGCAAAGACCGGCGUCCAAAAACAUUACCAGAUCGAACUCUUUUUAGUAAAGUCUCGAAAAAGAAAAACUCCUCUUUUGUGGCCUCAAAAAAGAUUGUCAAAGAUUGUGGUUUUUCCUCAAAUCUAUCUUUUGGUUUUGGUGAACAGACAGACAAAAGUAAACCAAAUGAAAAUGUAACUCUUGAACUACCAGCGCAGCUAAAAGACAAAAUUGAGGAGACUUUUGGUGCUAAGAAACACUUGGGAGGCAGACUUGAAAGCUCUGUUGAUGAUACAUCUUCAAGCAACACUAAAAUGGACAAGCUUUUGAAUGAGAAAAGAUUUUCAGAUACUCAUAAUUUAACAAACCCGAUUAAAACAUUUGCAAGUCAAGAAAAGGUUGCAAUGGAGCCUAAAACAGAGAUAGGCCUAGAAGCAAACUCCAAUAGCAACACUGACAUCUCUUUGGGCGUUGAUAAGGAGUUAGUAACUAGCACCAGGACUAGCUUGGUUAAUAAAUCGAAAAACAGUCAAAAUAAGAAUACUAAAAAAUCAUGUGGCCUUUCUGAGCAGAAUAUAAUUUCACCACUUCCAGAGGAUAAUCUAAUACCUGGAAUAAUUUUAGAUUAUUCAAAUCCAUUGAUAAAGCUAAUGAAAGAGGCAGCUUUAUUGUCAAAAAAUAAAAUUCCAUUUGUAAAAUUAAUGCGCGAGAAGAUUCCAGCUGAUUCAAAGCAAAGUUCUGAGGAAACUGUUAGCAUAGACGAUCAAUCAAAACCAAUGAAAGAUCUUCAUGGGUCAAUCAUAGGAUUAGAAAGAAAACCAAGCAACAUCAAGAAGGGAAAGUAUAAAAAGACUAAGGGCAAGAAGCAAAAAGUUGGACGUCCAUCAAAGAAGAAAAGUAAGGUUUUACUACAAAAUAAUCAGGAAAAUUCAGGAGAGUUGGUUAGCCAGAAAGAGACAACGCUAACUCCUGCUAACGAUAUUAAAGAAACUGUGGAGCAAUGUUUGGAAAAGCUUAAUCCUAAUAAUGGUGAAGUGAAGUCAGAUGAAAUUACAAGCAAAUUAGAAGUGAAAGAAGUUAAAAAACGUGGCCGCCCUCCUAAAACCAAACAACCAUUGCCAAAACUGACUCAUUUGGGAUCUACAUUGAGAUGCAUUGAAAAGUUAAGUCGUCAAGAAUUGCUCAAUAGUUUGAAAGAGGCAGAAGCUAACGCAGCAAAAGUGGUUGAUUCUGAAGUUAAAACAGAAAAACCUAAAAAGCAAAAAGCUGGCCGCCCAGCCAAAAACACUCCUGAAAUAUUGUCGAGUCAAGCUAAACAUGUGUCAUUGUUUGAAAGUAUUGAUAGUCCAGAAAAGGAUAUACAGAAGGCAGAAGAGACAAAAAGCUCAAUAGCACUAGAAGCUAAAUUGGCCAAACAAUCAAAAAAGUCCAAAAAGCUUAAAGUAGGUCGGCCACCUAAAACCACUUUGAAAAAGCUGUCAAAAGAAAGCAACAUUUCAGCUGUUGACAAUUCUGAGCACAAUCAUUUAAAUGUAAUGAACGACCAAGAAGAGACCAUCUGUCUAAACAUUCAAGAAUUUGACAAGUCCGUAGUUAAAAAGCUGUCUGUACCUGGUCACUCUGCUAAAAUUCCUUCUAAAUCUUUGCCACUUCAAGGGGGCCAGGUCUCUGAAUGUAUAGAGGAACUUGGCCAAACUGAUUUCAACAUUAGUGACCAUAGAGAGACAAAAAGCUUAACUGACCUGAAUGCAAAUUUAUCAAAAGAAUCAAGACAUAUCCAGACAACAAAGCAUAAAGGUCAUCCUGCUAAAAUGCCUGUAAAAUCACUGAUGGAGAAAGACACCCAGGAAAUUGGUUGGGAAACUUCCCAAAUUGAUUUGAGGAAAAAUCUUGGAGAACCUGGUGUCAGUGUUGAGUUGUCUAAAAGAUGUGAAAAGUCCAAAGGUGGUCGCCCUGCUAAAUUAUCAUCAUUGCAGAAUCAAGUCAUCCAGGUGUCAGCUUUGAAGAGUGAGAAAGAAUUUUGUCAAAGUAAGUUAUUUCCAAUUGGUGAUAAAGAAGAAUCUAAUUUGACUAUAGAAUCUGAAAUACUAAAAGGUAAAAAGGCCAAUGAUGGCCGACAUGCUAAAGUUCCUCCAAUCAGAAAUCGAGUUACCCAGGUGUCAACACUGCCAAGUCUGACAGAAAUGAGCCAAAAUGAACUUAGUGAUCACGAUACAAAAAAUAUUGAAACUAUUGAUACCAGUGUGCCAUCUGAAAUGAUAGAUAGAGAGUUGAAAGUGGGACGUCCUGCAAAAAUGUCUUCAUUGUUGACUCAAGUAAGCAAAGGCUCAACAAUAGAAAGCCAAUAUGAUUUUAGUGAUCAUUCCGAAGGGACAAAUUGUAACUUUGACGAAUCUGAAAUCAAGAAAGAAUUGAAGCAGUCACUGAUGGAGUUAAAAAUCAAAAGCAAUGAGAAAAAGAUUUCAGAAAAGCAUAAAACAAGAAUUGAUGACCAGCUAGAGAGCUACAAAGUCUCAAAUGCAAAAAACUUGAGCCAUCAACAAGUACUUAAUACAAAUAACGUUCUUUUCCAGUCGAGUAAUAACCAAAGUGUUGCAAAAGUGCAAGAAAAACGUAAUUUCAAAAAGUCAUCUAAAAAGCUAAAAGACCGUUAUGGUAGAUUUACGUCACUACAUCGCCUUUCCCAAGAACUAGAAUCACAAUAUGACAGUUCUGUGGAGGCCACCAGCGCAAAUAUGCUAGAACUUAACAUUGCCAAGUUAAGCUUAGAAGAUUCAAGAGACACAUCUACUGUAACUGAAAUGAAAAAUCAAAUCAAUCAAAAUCUUGCUAAUACUAGACAAGAACAAGUUUUGAUUCGUGGUAGUGAAAUUGGCAACAACAGUGGCACAAUUCAGUUAUCUGUAAGUAAACAAACAAAGCUAGAUUCAGAUGAAAAAGAAGAGAAUUUUUAUCAUUCCAAACAGCCUCUUAUUAAAAAACUUAAAGUUGGUCGUCCUCCAAGAAAUACCUUAUUAAAUCAAAAGGGUGACGCACAAAGCGUUAUUCGUUUGAGCAGUUAUGAAAACUGGAAAAUAUCCACCAAGACACAAAAUGCAGAUGUUAAUAAAGUUAAUCUGGAAGAAUUGGAAGUUACCUCUGAAUGUACAAUGCCAAUAGUAAAAAAACUGAAGGUUGGGCGAACACCUAAGAUGAACUUGGACUCACAGUUGGGCAAGGAAAGUUUUGAGGAGAAAACGAGACAAGAGUUGACAAAAAGCUCAAAGAUAUCAGAUCCAGUGGCUCCCAAAAUGAAUUUAAUAGAUACAGAAAUCAAAUUAGAUUCAAAACAUUCGCUGCCUAAGAAGCCAAACACUGGUCGCUCUUCAAAUUCAGAAGCACCAAAUCCAGAUUGUGUUGCAUUAUUUGAAAGUGGUAAAAAAUGUAAGGAUCAAGAUAUGUCGACAAAGUCUGCAGAAAAACUGAAUGUUAAUGUGACAAAAGACAUUGUGAAGGAUUUAAAAUCUUUCCCAGACACCAAACUGUCUCCAGUUAAAACAGUAAAAGCCACUGGCCAUGAAAAAAUGAUUUCAAAAUCAGGUCUGAAUCAAGCUAGUGAGAAAACAUUGGAAAUAAUUGAUCAGUUGAAUUAUCAGGUAGUUGGCAAGACAUCAGAUAUUAAUACAAAUGUUAAUCUAGAAGCCUCGGAAUCUAUGUCUAAACAUUCAGUGGUUAAGAAAAUUAAAGAUGGCUGCCCUGCUAAAAUGUGUUCAUUGUCAAAUCGAUCAGUUUCACUUUUAAACGAAGUUGAAAAAAAGACAAAUUUACCAGAAGGUGAUAAAGUAAAUUUGUCAGAUUCCGAAAGUGCCAGACCCAUUGUACAGAAAAGAAAAGUUGGCCGUCCUUGUAAAAUUGUAAAAGAAUUAAUGCCCAAUCACAAAGUUGAGGAUUUAAGCCACCAGAAAUGUUUAACAAACAAUGAAAAUAAAAUACAUGACAACAUUACAUCUAAAAUGAAUCUUGAAGAGGCUCAAUUUGUGUCAGAAGCUAUAAAAACACCAACCAUUCAGAAACGUAAAGUCGGACGUCCUGCUAAAAUUUUAACACAAAUCUCCCAAUCAGUCCCAGCUUUAGGAAAUGAUAACAGAUUGAAGGCCCUGGGUGACUUGACUGUUAAGACUAAGAUGCAGAAUGAUGUAGCUUCAGUAAAUUUAGAAGAAUCUCACGUCAGAUCUCAACAGGUUAAGUUAAAACUUGACAUUCCAACAUCAGACGCAAUGACAAAUCAAGCUAGUCAUGAGACUACAUUUGAGACAAACUCUAAGGCUGAUGCUGGUGUAAUUUCUGUAAAAUCAUGCUCAGAAUCUGAACAUAAAAAGUUCAAAGUUGGUUCCCCAACUAAGACUACAGCUGAAACUAUUACAAAUCAAACUAGAGAGGUGUCUGUAACAGAAAGAGGGAUUACAAGAAGUCAUAUUGUAGAUAAUAAAUGCGUGAAGGUUCUCAAAGCUAAUGCCAAUUUGGAAGUUACAGAAAUUCUGCUUGAUUCCAAACAAGCAUUAUUUGACAAGUAUAGAGUUGUCCAGUAUCCAAAAAAUCAGUUAUUGCCAAAUCAGAGCAUCUCAGGUUUUGAAGAAGAAUGGCAAAAAUAUUUAUCAGAAACUGCAAGGACACAUGAUGACAUGAUGACACACGUAACUAAAGAAAAUGAACAAACCGCAGAAGUCUCACCAGAUUGUUUGAAACAGAAAAUUGGUCAUCCUCCUAGAAUUCUGGAAGCAGAAAAUCAUGCCAAGUCAGUUUCAACCACAGAAAUGACAGAUGAACCAACACCAACAUCCAACUUGGAUGUUGGUGUUGAUAGAAUUGAUCAAAAGAGAUCUGAAAUCCCAUCCAUCAAGACGACAGUGAAGAAACCGAAAGUUGGACGACCUGCUAAAAUAACAUCACAAAUGAUGGUAGAUCAAGAUAGAAAUGUGUCAGCGAUUAAAAGUUUAGAGGAGUUAGUUAAACAACAAAAUUCAAAAGAGAUUACACCAACACUAGAUGGUAAAACGCCAAAUUUCAGAAAAGAUUUUGUAGCAAGUGUAAGUCAACAAAGGACUCACACAAAAAGUCCACAGAUUCUAAAUGAGGAGUAUUUUGAGAAAUCAUCACUCAGGAAAAACUUGACUCAGAAGGAUUUUAUGAAAUCCAGGGACCUUGACCAUCAGGAUUCAAUUGCUUUUGACGAAGUGCAGAAGAAAAUCACUGAACCCACCCCAACCCCAGAGUCUAAUAUUGAGCCACUUUUGAAGAAACUAAAGGUGAAAAAGUGUGUUAUAAACCUGUCACAAUCAAUGAAGGGGAAGAUUAAUAAGGAUUUUAUAUCUGAAAAUACAGAAAAUAGCAAACUGAUCACAAAUACUCCAGAUAAUAAAAAAACACUGCCGGAUGCUAAAGUGUCUAUGGACAGGGAAACACAACUAAUUGAAAAAAGUGUUGUAGCAAAUAACGAGCUCAAGAAAGAUGCCGGUAAAUGUUCAAACCAAAAGAAUAAAUGUAAAAAAUCAGUAGAAAAUGCUGGUGAAACAUUAGUUGCGGACAGCUCUGAUCGGAAAAGUGUUAUCAAUCCAAAAAAUUUCACAGAUUUCUCUAAAUGCAAGGGCCCUAAAGCCUUUGAAAAUUCCACUUGGAAUUUGUUAAAUUUGGAAGAAAAAUGCCUUGAUGUAGAUGGAGACAGACUUGAAAAUAAUAGCAUGUCUUCUAGUGGCGAAAUCCUAACUAGCAGAAAAGAUGCACAAUGUACAUCGGAUGUUGAGAGUUUUGAAAAUUCUGAUAAACGUUUUACUGUGGAUUCUCCAACUACUGAAUGUACUUUGGUCAGCAAAUGCCAAAAUAUAGUUAAGAAAUUGGAGGCUAAAAAUGUAAAUAAAACUUUACCUGAGCAACCCGCUCAUCUCCCAGCCAGCAGCCGACUUAUGACACGAGCUUUUGAGGCCAUGGAGGAUACUGAACAAAAGAAAGAGGCAGAGAAAUCUAAAAAACAUUCAAAUUCACAAAAAAAAACUGCCAAAGAUACACAAAGCUCAUCAUGGAAACCAGAAACAAACCUGGACUUUUGUAGCGACUUGGAGUCUGUUGAAAAUUACUGUAACAAUAGGUUUUCUAGCCCGAGCAUGUCUCCAGUCUCAUCCACGUCUUCGGACCCAAACGAUUUGGAGGUUGAUGUAAAAAGUGAAGAAGAAGGAGUUUUAAUAUCGUCAACUCCUCCAGUGGAUUUCAUACCUCUGACGUCAAAGGUUUCGGCGAAAAAGGAUGAACAAGAUACGCAGACGACCUCUCCAUUUUCUUUUAUGACUGCUUUGAAAAAUGUAGAUGAGUUGUCGUUUCAGUCCGUGACCGACAAUAGCGAUGGGAAGCCGGUAACAUUCAAAGCGGAUGCCAAUUACAAGUUUAGCACUUUUCUCAUGAUGAUAAAGGACUUGCAUGACACUCGAGAAAAAGAUGGGGCACCCUUAGAGCUUGAAAUCGGGCCUCCGAGCGCACACAUUAAAAAGGAACCAAUGAUUAUGCCUGAAGUUGAAAUUGUGAAUCAAGAAACAAAAAACUUUGACAGCAAGGAAAGUCAUUCCCCAAAGAAGCUUUAUCUGAAGAAAACCAGUUCCAUUUGGGUCAAGAAGAAGAGUAAAGGGGGGAGAUGUGGACCUGGCGUGCCUGGGAUCGAGGCGCCGGUGGAGGCAGAGGAUGAGGUGGACAGAGGGUUGGUGGCUCAUUCAUCAGAAAGGCAUAAAACCUGGGAGUGUGUUCAGAAGGAGGUAGAGGAGACGGGGCCAAAAGCGAAUGGAGUCGUCGGAGAGAAAAGGACUAGUCUGAUCAUCAAAAUCACAGGAGACAAGAGUCAAGAAGGACAUAAGCGAAUUAGAAAGCCCAGCAAGAGGCUAAUCGAAUGGACUGAAGAGUAUGACCAGAUAUUUUCCUCUAGAAAGAAAACCAAGAAACUGACAACGGACAAGGACCAAAUAUUGCCAGUCUCGGAGCAGCCUCUAUCACAAAAUGUCUUUCCUGAAAUGCAAACUCCGCCUCCUGAGGAACCCUCCAGAACUUCUCCACCGACCCCCUGCCCUGAGAACUCCACCUCCCAGAGUGCACCACUGAUCUCUGUGGAUACCCUGACCCCACCCCCUGAGACUGAGCCUGCACUGACAGAGACACCAGUGAAGGACUCAGAAGGCUGUUCUGUUUUGGAGAAAAAGCGAAAGAGGAAACCCACUCAGAAAAUCCUGGAGUAUUGUUUGGAAGCAGAGGCUGCUCCAUCACUCAAGAAAAAGGUUAAGGCAGUCAGGAAUUACUUAAAUCCACCCCCACAGUCUGAUCCUCAAUCUCUGAAGAAGUUGAAGCAACUGAUCAUCUCCACCACCUGUCUAUCUCCACCGGAGCCUACAGCACCCCCUGCAGUUCAGACCAGUCCAACUCCAGACCAGGAUCCAGGCUCUAGUUCUGGUUUAGACCCAGAUGUAGAUGAACCUAAACCAGAAGAGGACACUUCAGAGGAUUUUGAACUUUCUCUGCCCCUCGAUCCACAAAGUCAUGAGGAGCAAGAGAUGGACAUGUGUCUGGACCAGAGUGACCUGCUCCUAGAUGAGGCCGCUUUAGCUCAGAGGAAAAUCAUCGGAGACAGAGGAGGACCCGCCUCCAUGAAGGAGAACAUCUGCCAGGUGUGUGAGAAGACUGGUGAGCUGCUGCUGUGUGAGGGCCAGUGUUGUGGAGCCUUCCAUCUGGCCUGCAUUUCUUUAGCUCAGGCUCCAAAGGGCAAGUUCAUCUGCCCCGAGUGCAAAUCAGGUGUCCACACAUGUUUUGUGUGUAAGAAGCGCGGGGAGGAUGUGCGGCGCUGCAUGAUUCCUGUUUGUGGGAAGUUUUAUCAUGGUGAAUGUAUCGCUGCCUUCGGUCUGACCGCGCCAACGGUCAACCGCGGCUUCAGGUGCUCCAUCCAUGCCUGCCUCACCUGCCACCUCAGCAACCCCAACAGCAGCAACCUGUCCAAAGGCCGUUUGGUGCGAUGUGUUCGCUGUCCUGUCGCGUAUCAUGCCACUGACCUGUGCAUGGCGGCCGGCUGCAGAGUCCUCUCCUCUAACAGCAUCCUCUGCCCCAACCACUUCACCCCGAGGAAGGGAGUCAAGAACCAUGAGCACGUCAAUGUGAGCUGGUGCUUCGUCUGCACUGAAGGGGGCAGUCUACUGUGCUGUGAGUCCUGCCCCGCUGCCUUCCACAGAGAGUGCCUGAAUAUUGAGAUGCCCAAAGGCUCGUGGUUCUGUAACGACUGUAAGUCCGGGAAGAAGCCCCGAAUCAAGGACAUUCUGUGGGUCAAAGUGGGCCGCUACAGAUGGUGGCCAGCAGAGGUGAGUCACCCAAAGUCAAUCCCAGAGAACAUCCAGAGAAUGAGGCACGACGUGGGUGAGUUCCCGGUGCACUUCUUUGGCUCCAAUGAUUAUCUGUGGACGUACCAGGCGCGAGUCUUUCCUUAUAUGGACGUGGAUGCCAACAGCAAAGAGAAGAUGGGAAAAGGAGUUGAUGCCACCUACAAGAAAGCCCUGGAGGAGGCAGCAGAGAGGUUCCGGGAGCUUCAGGCUGAGAAAGAGCUCCGGCAGCUUCAGGAGGAUCGGAAGAACGACAGGAAACCUCCACCCUACAAACACAUCAAGGUGAACCGUCCAAUUGGGAAGGUGCAGAUCUUCACUGCAGACCUGUCCGAGAUCCCACGCUGCAACUGUAAGGCCUCAGACGACAGUCCUUGCGGGAUGGACUCUGAGUGCAUCAACCGCAUGUUGCUGUACGAGUGCCAUCCACAGGUGUGUCCGGCAGGGGAGAAGUGUCUGAACCAAGCCUUUACCAAACGGGAGUACAGCUCUGUGGAGAUCUUCAGGACACUGUCUCGAGGCUGGGGGCUGCGCUGUAGUCAUGACAUCAAGAAGGGACAGUUUGUGAGCGAGUACGUUGGAGAGGUCAUUGAUGAAGAGGAGUGCAGAUCCAGAAUCAGAGACGCUCAAGAAAACGACAUUGGAAACUUCUAUAUGCUCACUCUCGACAAGGAUCGUAUCAUCGACGCAGGGCCGAAGGGAAACGAGGCGCGCUUCAUGAACCACAGCUGUCGUCCCAAUUGUGAGACUCAGAAGUGGACAGUGAGCGGAGACACCAGGGUCGGGCUGUUUGCGCUGGAGGACAUCCCCGCAGGCACAGAGCUGACCUUCAACUACAACCUAGAGUGUUUAGGAAACGGUAAAACAGUUUGUAAAUGUGGAGCACCAAACUGCAGCGGGUUCCUUGGAGUCAGACCAAAGAACAAUCCUCCGGCUUCCGAGGACAGGGGUCGAAAGUUUAAGCGUCGCGGACGAAGGAAGAGCAGAGCUGUUCUGACCAAAGAACGAGAGGACGAGUGCUUCAGCUGCGGAGACGGUGGACAACUGGUGUCCUGCAAGAAACCUGGAUGUCCAAAAGUCUAUCACGCAGAUUGUCUCCAACUUACCAGGAGGCCAGCGGGCCGAUGGGAGUGUCCACGACAUCAGUGCGAUAUCUGCAGCAAAGAAGCAAAAUCUUACUGCGAGAUGUGCCCUAGUUCGUUUUGCGACCAGCACAAGGAGGGACUUUUGUUCAAAUCCAAAUUGGACGGAAAACUUUGCUGCACCGAACAUGAUCCCUGUGGCCCCAAUCCCCUGGAACCGGGUGAGAUCCGGGAAUACCAGUCUCCAGACACAGGGGGGCUCCAGUACCAACCUGCGGAUAACAGUGGUAUCACCUACGGACUCGGUAUGGCAGUAAUACCUUCUACUUCCUCCAAUACCACUAGCGCUAAUGCAGCUAGCAUCUCCAGCAAUGACGGGAAUGCAUCGCCUGCCUUUUCAAUCCCAAUCACGCUGGCCCCUAGUGGCUCAGAGAGGUCCUGCAGCAGCCCACCUUGUUUUGAGUUACCUCAUUAUUCACCAAUUUCGUCAUACGAUGAGGAAGAUGAGGAUGAAGAGGAAGCAGACAUGGCGGAUGACGUGGAGCAGGAUUUAGUCGAACAGGGAGAGGAGAAAUCUGAUCCGGAUAGUUUGGAAUAUUUGGAAAUUAAAGAUGAUGAUUAUGAAGAUGACGAUUAAUUGGUUUGGGAGGAAUUCAGUUUUUGUUACCGCUAUUUUUAUACAGUAAUUUAACGAAGAAUAAAGGGUCAUGGUAUUGUUACAUUACAUCGCACUUAGGGGUGGGCGAUAUUGAUAUAUGAUAUUGAUAUAUAUUUUAAUUAUCCCUCUGACAAUAUUCAGACAAUAUUAAGACAAUUCAGAAAUGUGCUAAAUUGUGCCUAUAAAUGACUUGACUAAGAUUCAAGUAUAACACAAAACGUGAAAUGACAGUAAAAUUAACAUAACAUACCCAGUUUUUUAAAAGUCAUUUUUCUGUAUUUUUAUCUUAUUUGUAUUUUUACGUUUUUUGCAGCCUUUAAUACAUUUUUUUUAUGGACGAUAUUAAAUAUUAUAAUUUUGCGUAUCUCCAAAACAAUGGUAAUAUGAAGCAUUUCACAAUAUAUCUCCUACCUCUAAAUGCAGUUGACUCUGGCAAACUGGCACCUUGACUAUAGUAAUGCUAAAAUUAUUUUUAAAAAAGGAUGUAUUUUGAAUCAGCCAGGAAUAGGACAUGUGCAUCUUGUCAGACAGAUGUUUCAAGUGACCCAAAAAUUCCAAAACAUUCUAGUAGACCUGAUGUAGACCUGGUUUUAAUUACCACAUAAACAACAAUUGUAAAUCUGGUCUCAAACUGGUCUAAAACAGGACUGAAGGACCAAAAUGGGCCUAAAUUAGGAUUGCACUCAUUUUGUUCACUUUCUCCCAGUUGGACCAAUCAGAGCAGUUUUAAUAUAGAUUCACACAAAUUUGGUUUGAUACAAGAUACGUAAUGAAUUUUAGUAUUUAGCCUCUUUUAUCCAAGACCAAUCUGAAUGUACAGUCACAUCUAAUUGAGGGGAAAAUAAAAUGGAUUUAUAAUAAAGAUAUAUGCUUCCAGUAGUGAGGAAGUAUCAUUUCAAAAGCAAAACCAUUACUUGCAUUAAAGAAUGGCAUUUAAAUCUAUUAUUUUACCACAAAUGUAUGUAAAGUGACAGUAUUUGAGAGAGAUGGUAGGUCCUCAGAUUUUUAUAAUAUCUAAUGCAAUAGAAAUUACACAAGUAUUAGCAGAUUGUUAUUAAAAAGGACGUAUUGUUCAAAAUACAUCAACAUUUAUGAGCACUUAACCACAUUAUAAUGGUUCUUCUCCCUCAGCAUUAAUUUAUUCUGAGUUGUAAUUUGAUUGAUUAAUGCAGGUUUGAGUUAAUCCUGCAUUGUCCUGUGUUUGAGGCUUUGGUUUGCGCACACUAGGGCUGAAUGAUUUGGGGAAAAUAUUCAAUUGCAAUUUUUGUGACAAGCAUUGGGAUUAGAUUUAUGAUUAUGCAGAAUAAGACGGGAUAUUUGGAGGGAACUGUGGCACUUCAAAAAUUGCACUUACUAAUUACGUCCAUUCAAAUUGCGAUUUCAAUCUUACAGCCCUAGCCUACACUCUAUCUCAGAAAAUGUGUGUUUUUACCAUUAUGUUCUUAAAAUUGGCAUACAUUAUCAAUACUUUUCCUUAAUAUCAAAAUUGACUUUGAAAUUUUAGUACCACGAUGACAAUGUUUCAUCUUUGGGGACAAAAUCUUUACCUCCCUUACUAACCACAAAGAAACAAUCUGUUAUUUGGUAAAGUUGUCAAGUUUUAAAAGAAAAAACACCAAAUAAUAAUUCUCAAAACCUAAAUGAAUGUGUUUGAGGGAUGAAUUAUCAACCAUUUCCUGGACUUAGAAUGUGGAUAUAAAGAGGAUGUGGAUAUGGCUGCUAAAGACUGCCUUUAAAAGCAGCCAUUUUGGACCUUAUCUCGAUCUGGGACCUGUAUUUUAACCAUGGGAUCUACCUGUACCCCAGAUGGACACCUAGACUGUUGCUUUCGGGGGGAAGGAUUUGUUGACUGUAAUAUAGACACUCUGUGGACAUUUGUAAGAAAAGUUUAUGAAAAUGUAACUGCUGAGAUAGUUUGUCGAUUUGGUGACGUGUUCAUAUUUAAAACUGUUCUGUGACGCACAAUAAAACAAUAUGGAUAGUCUAA